GCCUGCUUCAAGACUUGGCUGGCGUGAACCGUGACGCUGCCCCACACUGCGGCAUCGGCCCGGGAGAUGGGAUUUCCUGAUUGUCACAAUCCAGGGUCCUGGUCGUUUGGUCCCUGCUAUCCUGCCCUGGUCACGCAUGCAUGCGUCACCAAUCGAUUUACCAUUUGUCGUCAGUUUGUCGAUUGUCUUAUUAGUGCUUGAGGCAAGAGCAGCCUCAGGACUGGUCUGCCAAGAACUCGCAAUGUUGCCUUGGCGGGCAAGUAUCGAACGAUGCUUGCCGCCGUGUCCGUUCCGAUCUAAGCGAACUCGAGAGGAGUGGCUCGGCUCCGACAUGGCCAUUGUGUAUGUUGAGUAUCACCACGCAAGUUCUCGGGUCAAUUUGAAGUGGGAGUGCUCGGGCAUGAGGCGUACGCCUUACACCGUGUCACUAGCGAGAUCGGUGAUGCCACGGCCGGGGUUCUAUGGGGUAUCCGUUGUUGAGCGGGAUGCCACUGACGAACAGGGGCAAGGGACAAACUCGUGCCGUCGAAGCGACCGUGCCGCCCGGACGUCAAACUCCUGUAGUCGUCUAGAACCAUGGCAGAACGAAUGCUAGACCGCUCAUCAAAUGACCAAAUGACCUCACCGAUCCACCCUGGCCGAGAUUUUCAAAGGAUGGAUCUGCUGAGGAGUGCCGCAUUGUGCCAGGAUGGACCAGUGCCGGCCGCGGCGGGCGAGUCGUGAGCCGCAACCCCCACAUCACAGCGUCGAACAGUUUGGUGGGAUGGAGUGAAAAAAUUUGGGCCGGCACGUAAGUAGAAUGACGCCGGUCCCCAAGACUGGCCUGUCACAAAG